UUUACUACCAAUUCCACCAUUGCAUCCGUCACAAGAUGGAGCGGUUUAACAAACACCUCUCACUUUCCCCACACACGGCUCGAUAAGAACCCCCAAAAACUAACCUCCCUAGCUAGCUACUUCCACUUGCAUGAAGUUUUUCUUCUCUACUUGAAAUGGGAAACUACAUCACAUACCCCAAUUCAUCAAACUCUGCUGCAGGGACUGGGAGAGUGAUUCUAUGGGAUGGCAAGGUUUUUGAGUUUGACACGCCCCUAACAGCGGCUGAGCUAAUGCUGGAGUAUCCACAGCAAGUCGUGGUCGAGUUUCGCUCGGAUUUUACUGAAAAAAGGCCAGCACCAUUGCCUGCUGACAAGAGGCUAGACUUGAAGAAGGUGUACCUAAUGCUGCCCAUUAAGCGAGGGAAACCAGCAUCAUUGUCAUCAGGGGAAGCGAGGCGUGUUCUUUUGAGUGCAAACUCGGUUUUAAGGUCACGGUCCCUUCUAUCAUCGUCAAGGUUUUUCCCUUUAUUUGCUAGGAUAUGCCCUUCUGGAACUGGAGAGGAGCAAAUAUUUGUUAUGCAAAAGAAGGAAUGUCACGUGGAGGAGAAGCCAGCCAUGGAGAAUUAUGAUUCCGAGUUAACAGAGAUUUCUGAGAGUAGGCCCGAGUAUUUGAGUAGGCAGCUUUCUGGUAAAGGGACUUGGAAGCCCAGCUUGGAUACUAUCAAGGAGAAAAAGGUUGAGAAAAAAACCCCUCACUGGUUGUUUUGAAGGGUUAAUUAAUUGAGUUAAUUUAGGUUCUAUAUAUCACUAGUUUGUGAUUUGUGCUUUGAUGUCAAUGGUUGUAGCAUGUAUGUGUCUAUUAUGGUAAAGAUCGAGAAACAAAGUGCAUUUGUACCAUCUUGAUCUUAUUAAUGAAGAAGUUAUGAAUUUCUGUUUAACUAAA